GAGUCAGUGCGACCUCCUCACAGCAGCAGAGCGACAGAAGCGUCCGUUCAUUGAGAUGACAACCAAGUGCGGUGAGACUUAACGGUGAGGUGUUUUUACCAGCGGACAUGUCUGUGUCAUCCACACACAGCUCAGACAGCAGCAGCCGGAGGAGGAGGCCGGCUGAACACACACAAGAUCUUCCAUGGGAGCAGGACCCCCAGGCCGGUCACAAUCACGUACAGAUCGACGACCGACUGUGUGGAGGUCCACAGAUUAACUUAACAGACACUCCAUCUUCACAUCAGUCCAUAUGUCCUGUCGGGUGUACAACAAAACGCCUGCCUGCACACGCAUGUCUGUGUGAUGACAGCUGGGAGGAGAUCCAAAGCAAGAGAACCAUCAGAGCGGAGAAUGAAGUGGAGGCCAACAAACUGGUCAACAACUACAGGUUUGGUUUCAGAAAAUGGAAGAGUCAUGUGACGGCGCGUCCGUUUGAAGUCAGGUCAGAGGUUGUGAAAGAGCUCUACUCUGAACUGAACGUCAUUAAACCACAUUCAGGUCAACUGAUCACAUGUGGAAACAUAGCGUAUGUGCUUCUCUUCGGUUGGUGGGUCUCUCUGGCAUAUUUGCUGAUCAGCAUACUAAUGUUCGCCACUAUCACCGGUGUGCCGUACGGCAAGCUCUGCUGGAAGUUGUCCUGCUACUUCCUGUGGCCAUUCGGCAAGACAAUCCACGAGAUUGGAAAUACAUUGAGAAGAUGUUGUGAGCAAGCACCAGACUGUGAGUGUAACAUAGAUGGGGCGGAUGAUAACUCACCGGUUCUGCUGCCUUCGCCUACAGAGGUGCCAAUCUCAGAGCUGCCAGGACGACCUCUGCGCUCUCCCUACUGGCAUCGUAUCUCCACUUAUGUGUGGCUGCUGCUGGGUUAUCCUCCUCUGGUGGUCAUCCACUCCGUGGCCUGCUUCCUCUCCUGGAUCCUGGUCUUCACCAUCCCCGUUUGCAAGAUGAACGCACGCACACUGGGUGUCAUUCUUCUCUUGGCUCCUGAGGAUGUUUCUGUGUCCACCUGCUCACAGAGGAAGUAUCAAGUCUACGAGACCAGAGCAGUGCUGUGCUGCUACCAUGCUGUAAACUGGUACUACUACAAGUACACUGUUGAUGGGAUCAAUGUGUUCGCUGUCAACCUCCUCCCACUAGUAAUAGUUGCCCUGGUAAUUGGAUAUGUUGACAGAGAAAACCUGUACGCCAGCUCUGAUGUGAAGUUCGCCAUAGCACUCUGCUCCAUCAUACCUCUGUCUUAUUAUAUCGGUAUGGGCAUUGCCAGUAUUGCAGCCCAGAGUAACUUUGCAGUGGGUGCAGUAGUGAACGCCACCUUCGGCUCCAUCACAGAGUUGACCUUUUACAUCACAGCCCUGAUCAGAGGUCACCGUGCCGCCAACCCGUGUCUGCAGGAGGUUGUCAAAGCAGCAUUGACUGGCACGCUGCUCGGAUGCAUCCUCUUCAUCCCCGGUAUCUGCAUGAUAAUCGGAGGGCUGAGACACAGCGAGCAGAGAUUCAACAGUCGCUCGACAGGAGUGAGCUCUGCCUUGCUUUUCAUCUCUGUAGGAGGUGUGUUUGCCCCCACACUGUUCUCUAAGGCUUAUGGAAAUCUGGUGUGCGACGCCUGCACUAACUCCACUGGAGGGAACAGCAGCGGGCCGUUCAUCUGCCACAACUGUCACUACGAUCUGAACAACGGUACCUUGUUCCGCGACCAUGUUGAGCCUCUGGUGUACACAGUGUCUGCCCUCCUGCCAACUGCUUACAUCAUUGGUCUGAUAUUCACACUGAAGACGCACUCCCACAUUUAUGACAUCCAUGUUGGAGACGGACAGGUGACUGGCCACAAUGGACCGGUGGUCCACUGGUCACGCUGGAGGUCUCUGGUCAUCCUCAUCAUGGCCACUGUGCUCACAUCUGCGUGUGCUGAUCUUGCAACCGAGCACAUCCAGCCCAUACUAAACCAGCCCAACAUCUCCCAGUAUUUCAUUGGGGUGACAGUUCUCGCUAUGGUUCCUGAGAUCCCAGAGAUUGUUAAUGGGAUCCAGUUUGCUCUCCAAAACAACAUCAGUCUUAGCUUGGAGGUGGGGAGCUGUAUGGCAGUUCAGGUCUGCAUGCUGCAGAUUCCAAUUCUGGUCUUAUUUAAUGCCUUCUAUGAUGUGGGGUUUGUGCUGUUGUUCAGUGACUUGCACCUGUGGGCCAGUAUCUUCAGUGUGAUUCUCGUCAACUACAUCUUCAUGGACGGCAAGUCUGAUUAUUUUCAGGGUACAGCUCUGGUGGUUGUCUACCUUAUUCUGCUGGCUCUGUAUUACUUUGCUCCGUCUCCAGCAGGCUGCUGACUGUGUGGGACUCUGAAAGUGCAAUGUCACUACCACUCUCUGUCGAUGAGAUUCAUCCUGACAGGGUCACAACUGAAUGAUCAUGUGUGAAUCCUGACAUGAGCCUUUUAUUAAGUAUUUUAUUUCCCUUGCUGUUUCCUAAAUUAUACAAAUGACUAAACUGAACAUUUUAAUCUCAGGCAGGUCCUUGUUGUUGCACGAAUAUAUUACUACUGUAAACCGUACAGUUUGUAAGCUAACAUAUUAACUAUGUGUCCUCAGACUCAUGACUUAUGUUCUUUGUAAACUGUGGUGAAAGAAAGAAAAACAGUAUUUUUACAAUACAAAUGAAUAUUAAGUAUCUGCACUAAUGCUAUUUUGUUAAAGGUACUGUUGUAAUAUAUUUUGUAUACUUUUUAACUCCAAAAUGUUUCUGCUACAUGUCGAUAUAAGUGACUUUAUUUUAGAUAAAACCCUGGCACUAUAUGUUUGGAGAAUGUGGCAUGGCCGGCUGUGCUUUGCAAGAGCAAUAACUGUCAAUACAAUAUUUUGAAAAACUGGCUGCUGUGUUUUUAUUGUUUGUACAGACAGGAAUUACAAAACAUAAUGUACAGUACAGCCAUAAUUGCUUUUGAGGAGACAUUCACCUUUUCUCCCGAGACUUCAUGUAAUGUGGCAUGCACACCGUACCGACAUGCAAAAGAGGUCUUUUUACUUUCAUUUACAUCAAAAAUUAUGCAAAUAUAAACAUCUCAGUUUAAGCAAGGCAGUACAUUUACCAAGUCCGAGCAUGUAGUGAAGCUGUUGCUUCAUGGUAAGAUAUAAAUAAGGCCAUAACAUGUCAAACGUAACACAAAGUAACUGAGGUGGAGUUUUGAAUGUGAACAUCGGGCAUUAUAAUAUAAUAGAUGAGUCAGCUUAGUAUUAUACCGAUAGUCGUGUGAAUUAAAAUGCUAAUAUUCAAAUUCAAGGUAAAGUUUGACAAAGCAGGUGAGAAAGGAGGCAAAUGUGACUCAACACAAGCAGCUGGGAGUGUUACUACAGUAUUUAAGAUUUACAGUCCGCAGUAACCACAAAAUUCAUCAAAGUCAUGUCGCCAUUCCUCAGAAAAAUGAGCGAGCCUGUUGACAUCCUGGUCAGUGUUUGCGUAGCUCUACAGACUGAGUGUGAUCACAGUAUUAACACAUCCUGAGUACGCCUUACAUACUCUACCUUGCCACUAGUUUAAAAAGCCCCAUGCCACUUGUUUUUAAAGUACCACAGCAUUACAGCACAAUGUCCUGUGGGGAAAAAAACAAAAGUAAAAAAUAACAAUACAGCCUACGUUAAAGUAUAAAAGGUUAAAAUGGGGUAAAAUGACAUCAGGUGAAAGAGAAACGUAGCUACACCUUCUGCUACACUUCAAAGUUCUGUAGUAAAAUCAAACAGCAGCACAGUGAUGAAAAUAAAUAGGUAAAAAAUGUCUGAAAAAUCUUUAGCUGCGAGCAGCGACUUCUGUUAAAUCAUGUGCGGAAAGGUUCAGCGACGAAAGGCUCAUGUAGAGAACACCUGGUGAAUCACGUGGGGGAAAAGGCUUCGUGUGCACAGUUCAGAGUGAUAAACAAAUAAAAUCUUAAAAAAAAGACUGAUAUACAGAGAUGCAAAAGUAACGAGUGACAUUUUGGAAAUUCAGAAGGCACCAAAUGUAGGAAAGAAAGGCUGAAGAAUCACUGUGGAGCUACAGGUGUAAAAAUUCAUUUCUAAAUUACUUGUUUCUUCUAGAGGAGGAAGAAUGGAGAAGAGGCACUAGAAGAGUCACAGUGAUGCCAUCAUGUCACAGGUGUUUUAAAGAAGCUUUGGGGUUUUCAUCAGGCGCUAAUGUGACCACUGAGGCGAACAUUUUAAAUAUGAUUAUGAUCGCAGCUCAACAUCAGCAUGCAUCAGAAAGCCCCUAAGACUAAAACAUGCUUUAAAUAUCUGACCUAAUUUGACUUUUAAGAGGUAUCACAGUUUCAAUGUGUCCAUGCUUUGUCAGCCGUGCCUCUAUUCAGAGUAUCUGGCUGAUUUCUGACUAACUAGAUGGAAAUUUAAAGGGGAACACCACCUAAAUUCAGAAUUCUGAUAUGUUAUUUCCAUGGCCAUGGAAAGUUUGAUCAAUAUUUGUGGACAUGAGCUGCUCUCUCUCAAAGCAAGAAACCACAGAAGUCUCAAACUUGUGAUGUCAUAGGGUAUUAGGUCUGGAGCUGCUCCAUAGACAAUGAAUGGGAGCCUGAUUUUGAGGACUCACAGUAUGUGUGUUUACUUUUUUAUAGCCAAACAAGCUUUAAUCUAUUGUAGUGUUCUCAAUUCUGAAACAGAAAAUGUACCCAUAUACUCAGAUUUCCCCCGCUAUUCUCAAGUGUCAUCUAGAACAUAUUUCCCAAUUCAUUGUCAAUGGAGCAGCUCCACUCUUCACACCCUCUGAAGUUUGAGUUUUAGCACUUAAACUUCUUGGAUUUAGGAGAGAAUUGUUUAUGUUCACUGAUAUUUUUUGUCUUAGACAAAAGAACAACAUGUAUAAAAUUUUAAAAAUGGGCGCAAUUCCCCUUUGAGUUUAUAUCAGCAUAGUUUGACGAUCAUUUUUAAUCUAACCUACUUCACAGUGGGCCUGAAACAAGCUCAUCUCAGUCUCUGAAUUGAAUCUAAAAUUACAUUAGCUGAAGCAACAUUCAAUUAGCCUUUUUUAA